ACACACAGCUGCUGGGGAGCGAGAUCACCGAGGGGAGCCGAACAGAGCCGAACUGACCCGAUCCGAGCAGACCGGUUCGGCACCACCAGACACUAGACUCACACACCACAAGACUCUCCAAAAAAGCGCGCAAACAGGAGCGGGGAGGAAAGUCAUGACUCUGCCAACUGUGCAAAAACUUUUCCUUUUCUGUUUAUUCUGGUUUCUUGGAUCUCGGAGGACAACAGAUGCCAGUCCUUUUGAUCAGUGGGAAGACGGGAUAGAGUUACGAAAGGUGCGAGGCGUCCAAAGUGAUGAUCUGAGUGAUGUUUUGUGGCGAAACCAGGAGGAGGAACAAGUCCAGAAUGUUUUCAAAAGAUUCCUGUUUCAUUACUCCAAAGCACGCAACUCUGUUGGAGCCGUACAGCAAGAUGUGAGCAGAGGAGCAAGCAAACCACCGUCUCACUCAGUCCAUCCUCUGAUGAGACUUUCCCCCAAACUUUCCCAGAGGAGAAAGAAGAAGGUGUUACUAUUGAAGAUUCGAGGUCUGCCAGAGGGGAUGUUGUAGGAGAAAAAUCGACUAAAACCAAAGAAGGGAAUCAGGCUCAAGAGAGGAGCAGCCGACAGCCUCAUCGGCCAGAGGAGCUACACGAAGCUUCUGUGACAGAAACGUGACUUUUUGUUGACAGAAAAUAAAUUAUUGUACAGAUGGAAAAAAUAGCACCACACUGCCAAGGCUGCCAUGUGUCUUCCUGCUUCGGUGUAAGUCAUCGUGAACUGCAAGCACAAAUUUGGCAUUUUGCACUGAC